AUGUUUCGCCAGAUAAACAUAGAUCCCAAGAAUGCACCACUGCAGAGUAUUUUAUGGCGGGCUGAUGAGAAUGAAAACCUUGCAACGUACGAGUUGUCCACAGUAACUUACGGGACGAAACCCGCACCAUUCCUGGCAACUCGCACUUUGAAACAACUGGCAUCUGAUGAACGUGAGAGAUAUCCACUAGCCGCGAAGGCAGUCGAAGAAGAUAUGUACAUCGACGACUUAAUCACAGGAACGGAUGACGUCAAUACAGCAAUAGAAUUAAGAAGACAAUGUGAGCAAAUGAUGUCCAGCGGCGGGUUCACUUUGAGAAAAUGGGCUUCAAACGUAACAGCAGUAUUGGAAGGCGUUGCUCAAGAAUCACUCGCAUCACCAGAAAUUCAUGAAAUCAGCUGGGAGCUGGAUCAGGCUGUAAGAACGUUAGGUUUAACAUGGCUGCCUAAGACUGACUGUUUAAAAUUCCAAUUCGAAAUUCCUCCACUCUUAUCAAAUCAAAGCUUCACCAAACGAAGGGUAUUAGCCAUUAUCGCCACACUAUUCGACCCUCUUGGGCUACUGGGUGCGGUCAUUAUAACGGCCAAAAAUUUCAUGCAGAAGCUUUGGACUCUCUGCAAUGAACAACAUAAGCAUUUACAAUGGGAUGAUACUUUACCAACUGAAGUGCAAGAAGAAUGGCGAAGAUUCCACAGGUGGCUACCACUUCUGAAUGAAAUAAAAAUUCAUCGAUGUGUCGUAUCAUCUGAAGCUAACUCGAUAGAAAUACACGGUUUUUCAGACGCAUCUGAGAGAGCUUAUGGCACAUGCAUAUAUAUCAGAAGCAUUAACACGAACGGCGAGGUCACCGUGCGGCUCAUUUCUUCAAAAUCUAAGGUUGCUCCGUUGAAGGUGCAAUCAUUGCCACGCUUGGAACUUUGUGGAGCAGUACUAGCGGUCGAAUUGAUGGAAAAGGUGAAGGAAGCAGUACGAGCACACAAAAUUUUCUUCUGGACCGAUUCAACCUGUGUGCUUCAAUGGAUCAAGGCUACGCCAACCACGUGGGUAACAUUUGUGGCAAAUCGGGUGGCAAAAAUUCAAACUUGUCGAGGAAAAUGGAAUCACGUUCCCGGUACAUCCAAUCCAGCGGGCUUAAUUUCAAGAGGAGUAGCUCCAGAUGUCAUCGGAAAAUGCAGCUUGUGGUGGGAGGGCCCAUGCUGGUUGACAGAAGUUGAGGAAAACUGGCCAUGUCAGCCAACAGUCGUUGACGAGGAUCCGCCAGAGGUCCGCCGUAAGGUGGCAGCAUGUUUGAUGGCAGUGGAACCGGAGUUCGACAUCUGGUACAUCUCGAAAUUUUCGUCAUAUACAAAAAUGAUACGAACAACGGCGUACUGGGUGCGUUUAAUUGAUCUUCAGAGGAACCCAAAAUCGGAUCACAAUUUUGGAUUCCUUACAUCAAGCGAGCUCAAAGGAGCGGAAAUGAUUUUGUUUCGCUUGGUUCAACGGUUGGCGUUCAACCAAGAAAUUAGAGCACUGUCGAACAGCAAACCAGUGCCUCGUAAUUCAUCACUUCGAUGGUUCAAUCCUUUUAUCAUGGAAGACGGCAUACUACGCGUAGGUGGGAGAUUAAGCCAAUCUCAAGAACGAGCUGAAACAAAGCAUCAAAUUGUAUUACCGGCUAAGCAUCCAAUAACCACAAUGAUUUUUGUUUACCAUCACGAAAAGUUGUUGCACGCCGGUCCACAAUUACUGCUAAGUGCUGUUCGGUUACGUUUCUGGCCAUUAGGCGGCCGAAACAUUGCUAAAAGGGUGGUCCAUCAAUGCCAACGGUGUUUCCGAGCGAAACCAAUUCUGAUCCAACAACAAAUGGGUCAAUUACCAAGGGAAAGAGUGACAGUAGGUCGAGAAUUCCUGAAAUCCGGAGUAGACUAUUUUGGACCUGUAUAUAUCCGCGAUGGACGCCGAAAACCUACAAGAAAAACUUAUGUAGCCCUGUUUGUGUGUAUGAGUACGAAGGCAGUGCAUAUGGAGCAUGUUACGGAUUUGUCGACUGAACGAUUUCUGCAGGCUUUGAGACGGUUUAUUUCUCGACGUGGCCGAUGCACGGACAUCUUUUCCGAUAACGGUACUAAUUUCGUGGGUGCAAAGAAUAAAAUGCGUGAGUUGUUCGAUUUGCUCAAGGAUCAGCGACAUCAUGAUGCUAUCUCCAAGGAAUGUGCAAACGAAGGGAUGCAAUGGCACUUUAUUCCUCCAGCAGCCCCACACUUUGGUGGAUUAUGGGAAACUGCGGUACGCUCAGCUAAAUUCCAUCUACUACGUGUACUAGGAGAAAAUCCGGUCUGCCAAGAAGAUUUCAGCACCCUUUUGGUCCAGGUAGAAGCGUGUUUAAAUUCCCGGCCGCUUACCCCAAUGUCAGAUGAUCCAACCGAUCUGGAAACUCUGACUCCGGCUCAUUUUCUGACAGGUGACUCGCUUCAAAAUAUUCCGGAACCUGAUUAUAGCACGGUCCAGCUCAAUCGUUUAAGUCGAUGGCAACUAGUGCAAAGGCAAUUGCAGGAUUUCUGGGAACGUUGGCGUACUGAGUAUUUAUCCCAACUCCAGGCCAGGUCGAAAAACUGGAAAUCACCAAUAAAAUUGGAUAUAGGAAUGUUGGUAAUCAUGGUGGAUGGAAAUAAUCCACCAAUGCUAUGGAAGAAAGGUCGCAUUGAGGAAUUACACCCUGGAAAGGAUGGUAUAGUACGUGUAGUUACCGUGCGGACAUCAAGUGGGCUAUUUAAGCGUCCUGUAGCUAAACUUUGUUUGUUGCCAAUGGAAGGAAACUCAACUAAUCAUAAUGAAGCUGAUCACUGA